GGACGGAGCGGAGGGCAGGUCCAGCAGGGCGCGGCACCUCCUCAGUCCUGUAGAGGGACCGGCAGCGCCACAGGGACGCAUUGAGGCGCAGACCGCUGCGGGGACACCCUCUGACCGCCGUGCCCAGCAGGCGCACCGCGCGCCUCCGUGUCUGUGUCGGAGCUGUGAGAAAAGCGCUGCAGACAGAGAGGGGGGGUGGGGGGGCAGCUUUGAUCCCGCCUGCCAAGACAAACGCACCUCCACUAUUUAUGCCCCUGCCUGUACGUGCGCCCGGGACAGCGGCUCAGAGGACAGGUUCGGGACAGCGGGACAGAGGACAGGUUCGGGACAGCAGGUCAGAGGAUAGGACAGGACAGGAGCUCAAAGGACAGGGUCGGGACAGCGGGACAGGUUCAGGUCUCCGGCUCAUCUCCAGCGGCGCACGGGCAACUUUUACGCACGGGGAAUGGCCACUUUUAGGGACUCCGGAGUGAGUCCUGCUCCUGUCCCUCCACUCUAAAGUUUCCCCCACGCAUCCAGAGACACUCAGCGGGGGAUAGGAGGGGGGUCCACAUCGGCCCCGGGGCGGGAUGCUGUUCCCCAAGCUGGUGACGUGCCUCGCGGGGUGCGCAGUCCUCCUCUCGCCGGCCAGCGAGGCCUGCGGGCCGGGCAGAGGCUACGGCAAAAGGCGGUCCCCGCGCAAGCUGGCUCCGCUCGCCUACAAGCAGUUCAGCCCCAACGUGGCCGAGAAGACCCUGGGGGCCAGCGGGAGGUAUGAGGGGAAGAUUACCCGCAACUCUGAACGCUUCAAGGAGCUCACCCCGAACUAUAACCCGGACAUCAUCUUCAAGGAUGAGGAGAACACAGGUGCAGACCGCAUGAUGACGCAGCGCUGCAAAGACAAGCUGAACUCUCUGGCCAUCUCGGUGAUGAACCUGUGGCCCGGGGUCCGGCUGCGGGUCACCGAGGGCUGGGAUGAGGACGGCCACCACUCGGAGGAGUCGCUGCACUACGAGGGCCGGGCGGUGGACAUCACCACCUCGGACCGGGACCGCAACAAGUACGCAAUGCUGGCCAGGCUGGCGGUGGAGGCCGGCUUCGACUGGGUCUACUACGAGUCCAAGGCCCACAUCCACUGCAGUGUCAAGUCAGAUCAUUCCGUGGCGGCGAAAUCUGGAGGUUGUUUCCCCGGCGACGCCUUGGUGACGCUGGCGAGCGGCGUUCAGAAGUCCGUCAGCGAGCUGCGAGCCGGCGAGCGCGUCCUGGCGUCGGCGGGCAGCGACGGCAGCGGGGACCUGGUUCACAGUGAGGUCCUGCUCUUCAUGGAUCGCGACCCCGUGACCUGGAGGCUCUUCUACACGCUGCACACGGACGCCGGGGCCCGCAUCUCGCUCACCGCUGCCCACCUCGUGUUUGUGACGGAGGGGAACUGCUCAGAGGGGGCGCUGCCGGCCCACGGCGCCCUCAGGACCGUAUACGCAAGUGACGCCCGCCCGGGACAGUGCGUGCUGGUUACACAAGGGGACGAGCGGCGGGGCCGUCUGUCCCGAGUCAAACAGGUCAGCAUGAGAGCGAGUAGGGGAGCGUUUGCGCCUCUGACUCAGAAGGGGACCCUGGUGGUGGACGGCGUGGUGGCGUCCUGCUAUGCCGUAGUGGACCAGCAGACACUAGCUCACUGGGCCUUCUCGCCAAUGCGGCUCGUCCACAGCUGGACUGGGACCACGAGGCGCCACGGGGAAGGGAUCCACUGGUAUUCGCGGCUCUUACACUGGCUUGGCAGGACACUGCUGGGCCCGGGGCGCCUCCACCCACUGGGCGUGGCUCAGGACGCCAGGUGAGGACCACCUGAUAGGACCUUUGGGUUCCUGCUGAUGCAUCAUGGGAGCUCGCAGCAGGAAGAAUAUGCUGGCUCAGAUGAACUCUCCAAAAUAAGAGCACUUAGAGUCAGAACAAUGAGCUCACAAAAGACUUUUAUUGACACGGUGAAACAAAAAUCCCUUAAUGAACCCUUAAAACACACAGUGAGGCAGCUUAGGACCAGAUUUAUGAAUAAAGGGGACACGCCGGACAAAAGCACCAAAUGUUUUCCACAUGCUUUCUUUCACUAUAGGUUUCAAUUUUUGGUAGGAGCCACUUCAUCAAGAUUGUAGAUCGGAGAUGGCAGCCAUAUAAAGUCUAUGAGAACCAAUAUAUCUUCAAAGUCACUUAAAAGGUCAUUCUUCGUGUCAAAAUAUAAAUUUUCUGUUGGGAAAAAUGUACAAGAUUUGACAUGAGAUGAAAGCUUUCCCUUGAUUUGUUUGAGCAGAUUCCAAACACUUUCAAUUCAGGAUUCCCUGCUGCAGCACUUAAAGACCUACCAGUCUAGGUGAAAAUGAACAUAUCUAUUUGAUCAAAUAAUCAUCUAGUGAUAUUCUCAAUAGCUUUAAAUUAUAUUUUGACCCAGAAAAUGUAUAUUUUGACACCAAGAUUGACCUUCUAAGUG